GCCAGUCUCGCGAGGCGCUGAAAAGGACGGAGGGAGCGAAAAAUGGCUCUUCGCGGGCAGGGUUGUGCUUCAUUCCUGGUCCCUUGGGCAGCGACCCUGCUCCUCGCUCUGGGCGCGGAAAGGGCUCUGGCGCUACCCGAGAUAUGCAUGCUGUGUCCAGGGAGUGUGCAAGAUUUGUCGGAAGUGGCUCUUUAUUGUAAGCAGACACCAGAGCUAAUGCUGCACUCCCGCUGCUGCCUGAAUCAGGAGGGCACCAUUGUGGGGCUGGAUCUCCAGAACUGUUCUCUAAAGGACCCUGGUCCAAAUUUUCCUCAGGCACAUACUGCUGUCAUCAUAGACAUGCAAGCAAACCCCCUCAAAGAUGACUUGGCCAACACCUUCCGUGGCUUUACCCAGCUCCAGACUCUGAUACUGCCCCAAGAUGUCAGCUGUCCUGGAGGUAUUAAUGCCUGGAAUACUGUCACCUUUUACACAAAAAACCAAACCUGCCAAGGGCAAAGGAACUUUUGCAACAGCACGGGGGACCAAGAAAUGUGUCCUGAGAAUGGGUCCUGUGUACCUGAUGGUCCAGGUCUCUUGGAAUGUGUCUGUGCUGAUGGCUUCCAUGGCUACAAGUGUAUGCGCCAGGGUUCCUUCUCACUGCUUAUGUUCUUCGGUAUUCUGGGAUCUACCACAUUAUCCAUCUCCAUUCUGCUUUGGGGGACCCAACGCCGGAAAGCUAAGACUUCAUGAACCACAUAGGUCUUCCUACUGACCAAAAAAUCUUCUCGAUCUAGCCGAGCCCAGCCAGGGAGAUUUUCUUCCUAGACAGGAUGAUUGGCUAGCAGAUCCUCCUCAAGACUGAAGCCAUCUUUGGCAGGAAGAUGGAAAGUUGGCAUAGCCUUGGGGUGUUGUGGACACUGCAGUCCAGGAAUGGACGGAGACCAGUGCCCCAUUUGUGCAUGACUAUAAUAAACACCUUUUCUUGUCGUUC